AUGUCUACCACUACCUCUCUUUCACCCUCGAAGGCUACUACCAGCGCUAAGAUUACAAUGUCUACCACUACCUCUCUUUCGCCCUCGAAGGCUACUACCAGCGCUAAGAUUACAAUGUCCUCCCGGCCAACAAAACUUCCUGUAAAUUCUAAUGUAUCCCCAAAACCUCAUCCAAAGAGAGACGCCAAGUUUCUAGCACAACUCGAUUUUGACUCUAUACAAGCUCAUUUUGAUGAUAUGAGCAAGGAGGAACACGAUGCACUUGAUAAAGAGCUCGGCCAUAAGAAUUUUAGAGGCCCUUCAAUUCCAUACGAUGAUGGCAGCGAUAUUGCCUAUGAGGAAGAACUGAUGCUGUCAGCCCAGGAUAUGAAUACCCAUUAA